AUGCUGGCUAUCAAAAUUUUGCCAAUAUUACAGGUGUCAGUCGAUACAAUGGCCAUUACUGCUUUACCAUUGAGUUAUUGGCUAAAAGAACGUUUAAAAAGUUGGGUUCAGCUUUCCGGUCAUGAAGGUACAAUCGUACCCGCUACGGACCGAACAUUAUGGAAGAGAAAAUCUUGCAACGAUUCGAAUGAAGCCACUGCCUAUCGAAGACUUAUGGAUGAUCCAUGCCUCGAAGGCUUUGUACCCCGAUUUUACAAAGAACUUGAAUACAAAGAUGAAACAUUCAUCGAAAUUGAAGACCUUACAUCGCAAUUCAAUUCACCAGUGAUUAUGGACAUUAAAAUGGGAACGAGGACAUUUUCGGAGAGUGAAGCAAAAAAUGCUGUAAAAAGGAAUGAUUUAUAUGAAAAAAUGAUAGAACUAAAUCCAGACGAACCAACUAAUGAAGAAAAUAACGAGAAAGCAAUUACGAAAUUACGAUAUAUGCAAUUUCGUGAGGCUCAAAGUUCCACUACUUCAUUCGGAUUUCGCAUAGAAGCAGCUAAAAUGCCAGGUGGAAUUCUUCAAAAAAAUUUUAAAAAAAUUAAAUCACGCACUGAUAUCGCGAAGACAUUAUGGGCAUUUUUUGGCGAAAAUUUAGCCAUUAGCAAUCAGUUCUUAUGGCGACUCUGCCAGUUCCGACAAGCUGCAGAAGAGUCCGCAUUUUUUCGUGAGUAUGAGAGCCUUCUUUUGCAGAUCAUCGGCAGUUCCUUAUUAUUGAUGUAUGAUUCUAAGCGAGUCGGUGCUUGGAUGAUUGAUUUUGCAAAAUCAGUGCCUGUUAAAGAUCAAAAGAUAAGUCAUCGAGAGAAGUGGAUACUGGGAAAUCAUGAAGAUGGCUAUCUGACUGGACUUGAUAACUUAAUUAGCGUAAGCUUAUUCACUUCCGAUUUAUAA